AAAACAUUCAGUAUGGUGAAUAUCCACCUGAUAUGCAACAAGUUUUGGGAGCAGCAAUUAAUUUGGAAGAGCUGCAAACGAAAGUAACCGCAGUAGAAGAGCGGAUAGAACAAAUUGCAGAAUCUAACAAAGAAAUGCUGCGAAUGAGAGCCGAAGAAGCAAUCGCUAAUGAAGAGAAAAUGGCUGAAACAGAAGCUAUUAUCGAAAAUCUUUCUUUAUACAUGGAUACAGCAAAAGAAAAAAUGUCAGACUUUUACGAAUUGUUAAAUGUUUUAAAUAAAAAAUUGUAUAAUUUAACAGAGACCGUUACGGAAAUUGCAAAAAUUCAGGACGACAUGACGGAGGAGGGUAGAAAAAAUCUUCAAGAUGUUGAAGAUCAAUUGAAAGAAAUUUUUAAAGAAUUGAAAAAGCUUUCGAUUAUAAAUGAUAUACAAGUUCAUGUGGAAGAAAUUCGAAAUUAUAAAGCAGACAGAAGUGAAAUGAUAGAAGAACUUGAAAAAAAAGCCGAUAAGACACAACUAGACGAAAAAGUCAAUAAAUCGGAAUAUUUAACUUCCUGUGAAGAAAUAAAUUCAGGUUUCAACGACAUAAUCGCUAAAAUUUCUGGUCAAGAGCAAACAUUGGAAAGAACAGUACAAGAUUUAACUGUACUUGUGAACCAGAAACUCGAAAGAAAGGAAUUGGAUAAUUAUAAAGAAAAUCUGAAAGAACGACUGAAGACGAUUGUUACGAAAUUGAAGCAAUUGAAAGAAGCAGUAGAAGAAGGACCAAGUGCUGCGGGCGUUAAGCUACGGUGCAUAUCUUGCGAUAGACCACUAAGACCGAAUGAGAGAAAUGUUGUAAUAAGCGAUGGUAGCCAUAAUGCAACGAUGCCAAAACGCAUCGGAGAUCAAUUACUAGAAUGCCAAGGAUUUUUACCUCCUUUGCAAUACGCUGAUAGAUCAAAUCGUUCAGUCGGAGGUUUACAUACUCUUACAACUCCGCCGUUAUACUUGAGGAAAGCAUCGACUGUUACAUCACAAUCGACAAAAAUUUGGGAAGAAGUACCUUUACAAGGAUCGGAUGGAAGAAUAUAUCGUGGUUAUUUAGAAAAAUCAGAACGUGUUCGUGUUUAAUUAAAUAACGUAUUGCUUUUU